CGUGUCAUACUCAAGGGUCAGAUUUCUCUCAAUUUGAAAGAAUACAGUUAAUCAAUCAAAAAGUGCCAUUCUACUUAAACUUGGAUCUCUUGAAAGCGCCUACAUCUCAUUUAGUUAAGAAGUUAGUUGUAACUGAGAAUUUUUAAUAGAUAUCUAUUUGACAUGACAAAUAGCCAUCAAGACAAAUGAGAUUCUAUAUUCAAGAAUGACUCUCCAAUUUAUAAUUCAAUAGCCAAUCGGAAAAAGCUUCUACGAAAACCUGGAACAGAAUCCAUCAACUCGAAAGGUUAAUGGAAACUCAAAGCGGAAAACACUUCUUGCUAAUUGUUUAUAUUUAUCGAGAAUCUCGCAAAGUUACGGUACACUUUGGUCAUGACUACCGGAAGGGACGGAUGUCUUUCGCAUGUUCGCCACCUGCUGCCUGUGGACUUUUCUAGUGGAGACAAACUGGCGUAGAGCGUUAAUUGAAAACUUAUUCUCAUGAGUAUCACACAGCCGUGAAGAUAACAAGAAAAAGGUGCGAGAAGUCGCUGCCGGCAGUAAAAGACGCUCGCAUUUGAAGCUGACUUUACAAGGAUCAUGAAAGCUGUAUGUGCCUUUUUGUUAAGCUGUUUUUUAACGAUUACCGCUUCAGAAAUUGACCAAGGACGAAAAAAUUGCGAAGGAAAAUCGAACUGAGCUCAAUUUAAUGGGAAAUUGGAGUGUUCUAGAGCUCGAACUAGUUAUAUGACAGAAUUUACUUGGCAGAACAUUACUGCGAUAUUGUCUUCCGAUUCCUCGGUUGUUAUGAUAUCAACGCCCCACAAGUAAUGAGCCAUGACUACGAGUGGCUGCCGAAUGUGUCCAUGCCCCCUCUGGAAAACCUGACUUUUGAGGACUGGCGCAAGUCUCAGCCGGGUUUCGCGUGUUCCUGCGCGGGAGAAAGCAACACGAUUGGCUACUCGUACUUUGCCCUGCAGAAUCCUUAUGCCUGUUAUGCCGGGCCUGCCCUUGGGUUUACAGAGAAUGUACACAAUACUUCCCUUGUGGAGUGUUUCUCGACCCAUGAAAACAGUACAAUUUGUUCCGAGGAAGACACACUAUGCGUUGGAGGACGAUCCACUGUCGCCGUUUAUAAAAUAUCGGACAAAUCAGAACUCCAGUCUGCCAAAGAAGAAUGCAAACAGAUUCUUGUUCAAACCACGAGUAAACUCGAGGGAAGUGUAAGAGCUUUGGAGCAGCUGUUUGGAGAGAUUGUCGAAGUCAAAGAUGCCGCAAGCGUCGUUCGUCUGAUCAAGGAAAUCAUGAAACUUUUUAAGAGAAAGGAAGUGUAUCAAAACUUUUACGUGUUCAAGAAAUACCAGGAGAAGUUCAUCACCGCUCUUAGUACACUGAUUGAGGGUGAAUACAAGGCAAUAUGGAGGGGAAUGAUGCAGAACCUGAUAACUGCUGUUGAGGAACUUCCAACAUUACUGCUCCGUUCAAUGCAAAGCGCCUCAUCUACCACCAAGCUGUACAAUUUUGAUCAGGGAAAUAUACGAAUGACGGCACGCCAAGAACUACUCACAAAUAAUUCCAAGCUUCCCUUGGAAUUCAAGAGCAAUUCAGCGAUGUCAGCAAAAAGUUUAAUAAUACUGGAAUCUCCUUUCACGGAGCAAAAAUCCUCGAGCGAACCAAUUGUCCUAGGUGUUUCUGCUAUUAUGUACAAUAAUAUCAGCGAACUUCUUCCAGUAGAAUUCAAACGGAAUAGCAAAGCUGACAUGUCCAUGUACGCUGAAUCGCCCGCGCAAGUUGUAUCGCCUGUUGUGACGAUUGUAGUCCAGCUUAAUAACAGUCAUAUAAAAGAUAUCAAUGGCACCUUUGAGCUAGCCCAUGCGAACGCGAAGCAGCGAUUCUCCCAAAGUGAUAACCUGGAACACUCCUUUUAUUGCGUCUACUGGCAGAAAAACGAGAGCUUGUCUACCAAUGGGGCUUGGUCUACUUAUGGGAUACGCUUGAUUGACAGUCACCACGGUAACACCACCCUCUGCCAUACGAAUCACCUUACUAGCUUUGCAAUACUCAUGCAGACAAAAAAUGUCAAGAUUUCCUCCGAAGACGAAAGGGCGUUGGAAAUCAUCACCUACGUCGGAUGCUCUAUCUCGCUGGUCUGUUUGGCAAUAACAAUAAUAUCAAUGCCUUUCUUAAGAUUAACUUCAACUCUCCGCUAUAAGAUUCACAUGCAGUUGUGCAUAUCUUUGGCCGUGUCCCAGGCUGCCUUCCUACUUGGGAUAGCUGCUAUUCGAUACAAGGUAGCAUGUAUGAUAACGGCGAUGAGCCUGCACUACUUCUACACAGCAGCAUUCUCGUGGAUGUUUCUGGAAGGAUUUCACCUGUAUAUGAAGAUCGUGAUCGCUUAUGAGAAAAAAGCCAUCAAGCAGCUGUACUAUUUCUGCUUCGGCUGGGGUUUUCCAUUUAUCAUAGUGGGGAUUUCUUCAGCAGUAAAUAGCGAAGGAUAUGGUACCGAAGCCGGAUGCUGGUUGUCCCUUGAACGAGGUUUUCGCUGGGUCUUUAUAGGCCCUGUAUUGAUAAUAUUAGCAAUAAAUCUUUGCAUCAUGAUUAAAGUUCUUCAUAUUAUGAUGGUUCUUCAAAAUGACCCAUUGAAAAAGAAAAAGAACAGUCGCUUAAGUUCAUUAGCGAAAGGCCUAGCGGUUCUGCUACCUCUACUGGGGCUCACGUGGCUCUUUGGUGUUCUGUGUGUAAACUCGCAAACCAUCGUCUUCCAGUACAUUUUUGCAGUACUCAACUCUCUUCAGGGUGCCUUUAUAUUUCUUCUCAACUACGCUGGCAAUAGAGAGGUUCGAAGUAGUUUUCGACAGUCACUUCAAAGAUCACAGAUGUCUACUGUUUGAGACGAAAUACAUAAUAUACACGGAGGCCAGCAACUUCGGGCGACCUGGAGAAGUGACAGCAAUAAUUGCGAAGAAUUAGUGUAGACGAAUCACCGAUAGACAUAGCGUGAGCUAGAGUCCUAUUACCAUGAGAGGUUUACAUACAACAAUACAACAUAAUAUACAUACAAAAAGCUAUCAAUUGCUGCAAGAAAAAGAGUUGCUGAAACAUUUAAAAACAGGGGACUAUUCUGAUGUAUAUGCGCUUUAUGACCAUCAAAACAAUGUAAUGAGUUAAAACUCGCACUUUUUUGGGUUUGGAGGACAGUAAAGGUAGUCCUCUAUAGUUUAUGGAUUAAAUAACACGAUAGAAAUCUAAACUGUUCCGUUUAAAAUAAACAUAUUUACAACAA